AUGCCUUCCCCACGACGAAUGCGACUGCUCGUCCUGGCGGCCGUUGUGACGGUCGUAUUCUUCUUCUUCUAUUCAUCCGGCGUCGAUCCGAGUCAAGACUCGCACAAGAUACAAGACUUUUACCACAAGACCAUGGACGGGAUGAAGAAAGGCACACCGCCCGGUCAGGCUAUUAUCAACACCAAAACGGGCCAAAGGGCUGGCCAUAUCCCCGCUGACAAGGACGCCGACGGCGACGUUGAUGAGGAUGACAGAAAGGUCGCUGCCGAGAUGCAGAUGCGGUUGAAAAAGGCUGAGCAGGACGCCAAGGACAAGGCCAAUACAAAGGGUGGCCUGAAGCCUGACGUCCCGAGUAAGAUUGUAGGCCAGGGCAAUUCAGCGGGUGGUCAGCCGAAAAAGGACAAGACUACGGGUGAUCAUGCUCUGUCAAAGGACUCAGACAAGACAACAGAUAAGACCAAGGGCAAGGCCAAGGAAACCAAGGAGGAGAGCGAGGCGGAAGCCGAGUUAAGUAGUAUUUUGAAAAAGGCACCAGUCGUCAUCUUUUCCAAGACGUACUGCCCCUUCUCCAAGACAGCCAAAGGCAUCCUUCUCGACAAGUAUCACAUCGCCCCCGUGCCACAUGUUGUCGAACUCGACGAGCAUCCACAGGGGCCUGCUUUACAAGCCGUCUUGGGGGAAAAGACUGGUCGUAGGACCGUACCCAACAUUCUCGUCAAUGGAGUCAGCAUAGGCGGAGGUGACGACAUUGUCGAGCUAGACAGAGAGAACAAGCUGGCAGGAAAGAUUAAGAUGCUGGGCAACAAGCGCAUCCAGGUCUCAGAACGGUUUGCGCCUGGCGAUAGCAAUUCCUGA